AUCACAUUUGAAGGAUCUCAACGAAGGAUUAUACGAUUUUGCGAAACCAUUUGAUUCACCGCUUGUCUUCCCUCAAAUAAAUUCGUUGAACAUUCUCAAUCGCAGGAAUUUGGUACGACGUACAAGUGCAUUUACUCCCCGAAGUGGGCGCCAAUUAUGCGAAAAAAACAAAUUACUGUAAAAAAAAAUAUAUCAAAAUAUUUGUUUGUCGGCGAUCUCAUUCUUAUACGCAUUUCAUGAUGUUACCUGC